GCAGCCCCCGGCAGCCGCCAGCGCUGGCGGCGCACCCAGCCGGCCCUCCCCUCCCUCCGCUCCCUCCUCCAUCCCCGGGCUGCCGGCUCCCCGCCGCGGGCCUCCCCUCCGGCGCGAUGUUAUGGCCGAGCCGGCGCAGGGCGUGCGGCGGGAGGAUGCGGCGGUUCCCAGCUGCGAGGACUACGAGUGCAAGAUCUGCUACAACUACUUCGACCUGGAGCGGCGGGCGCCCAAGCUGCUCGAGUGCCUGCACACCUUCUGCCAGGAGUGCCUGAGCCAGCUGCACCUGCGGGCAGCGCUGCAGCCCUCCUCCUCGGAGCCCGGCUCCCUCGCCUGCCCGCUGUGCCGGCACCGCACGCCGCUCCCCGACCACCGCGUGCACCGCCUGCCCGUCAACACCAAGCUGGCGGCCGCCUGCCCUCCGCAGCUGCGGGCCCGAGACCCGGUGCCUCAGGACCGGCUGCCGCCACUGCCGCCGCCCCGGCAUCCCCGCGAGCCGCCUCCUCCGCCCCCCGCCAGCCCCGCCGCCCCCGGGAGCGGCCGCUGCGAGAGCUGCCAGAGCUGCAAGCGGGCGGCGCUAAGCGCGGGCUGCGUGUGCGUCGUGGUGUCCUUCCUCUCCAUGGUGGUGCUGCUUUUCACCGGCCUCAUCUUCGUCAACCAGUACGGCGGGAGCGCUGGCGGGGGGGGGCCCGGCGCGCCCUCGCCCGUGGGGCCCAUCUGCCUCUCGGCCGCCAGCGUCCUCGCGCUCUUCUCCGUCGUGGUCACGUGGCUCGUCUGCUGGAUCAAGUACCGGCCCGCGGCGGCCAACGGCAGCGCCAGCGCGCGGGGGCCCGGGCGCGCCAGCCGCAACUAGCGGGGGGAGGGAACGGCGGA